CGUGUCUUGCGCCCGGACGACGCGAAUUUCCAACACGCAAUACCGUGGCCACACUUUGGACAGAAAGCAGCAGAUUCAUGAGACCACGAUAUGCCCGUUCAAAGAUGUCGCAUAACACCAUACCUUUCCCAUGGACCAUUCAUUGACCCCCUCCAACUCUUGCCCCAGUUUGUGUAACUCGUCCGCCUGCCAUUGUCGACGCUUGGUCCAGGUGGCAGGUGUGCAGAAAAGUUCUAGCCUCAUUUCCGACCACCAGGAUCUCAUUUCUACUUUCCUCAGUUCUGCGGGUUGCGGAUUGGAUGUUUGUAAUUAGAUGAAAAUCGAUAGGCCCGAGGUGCCAAUUCUAGAAGCAUUCACUUUCGCUUCCGAGUUUCUGCUUUGCAAAAUGACACCGACCAGUCCGACACCGCCUCAGGUGGGCACCGGCCUGUAAUUAGUGAAGGUCCCAGGUUUGACAGGGCAAUCAGUCGGCCCCCUGGUUAAGCGAGUAGAAAAGGGACCUGCCUUACCUAAUAACUGAGUUGAGAGAUACCUACCGAUUGGCACUGUGCCGUGGCCCGCACCUCUGAAAAAUCGAACAAACCGAGGCGAGGAGUCAAGGUGUCUACGGAAAGACGGGACCCGGCAGCACAGGUGUUGAAGGCCGGCAGGCAGAGGCAGCCACGGCCAGGUGCAAGAGGUCCGGCGCGUCGGUUUGGCGACACAGACGCGGUUAUUCUUCGGCCGGCCGUUUUUUUGUGACGUCUGGCCUGCUGUGGGUACCCGACAAACAACCCUGCAUACAAUUUUUGAUCAGAGGAAACGGCGGUCUUUUCCUGUUGAUGCCGAACGACGUCGAGCGAUACUGACCGUUGAAUAUUUAUUCAUUCUCACCCAAGCACUCCGAUCGCUUGAUUCGAGCAAGCCUACCCGGCGGCAUAUCCCAUCGGAUCGGAAUUAGGGUUUCUAGGCGCGACCGAGCAUUGUCAUCCUCAGGCAAAUCGCGAAUUCUCAUGACCUUGGAGUUGUGAUUCACAUCCUCAUUGCCGGACACACGAAUGCGAAAUAUUCCAACCUGGGAAAGAUAUCAAGUUUUGCCGGAGUAUUUCAGCACGGCACCCACUCAUUUCAACACCUGAACCCCCUCAAAGUAAGGCAUUGGAGAGACGUUGAAUUUUGGUACAGCGUCGUAUAUCUCAUAGUACACCGCAGUCACUGAAUUUUCACACACCGCCAUCAAGCGCUACAUAAUGGAGACAUCAGAGUCAGCACAAGCCGUUCCGGUGCUUAGCACUGGGAACGAUGCCCAGCGAGUAUCGAAGAAGAGGUCGCUGGAAGACGUUGAGCAGGGAGAUGUGAUGCCCAACGGAUCACCGCAAUCUCAUCGGGCCUCAUCGCAUGAGCCCGAGGCCAAGCGAGCGAGAACGGAGCAAAUUGGUCAAUCAGCCGAGCAGGAUGUUUCAAUGGACUCGGAAAGCGCCGAUGAGGGCGAGCUGGAAGAAGACGGAGAGGUUCUACCUUCCGAACCCGAAUCCGAAAACCAGGGGGUCGUCGCCGCAGAGAGUGGAGGAAACGCCGGGUCUCGCACGCGUUCAAAGGCGUCGUCUUCGGGGGGAGAGUCAGAUGCAGGCAGCAAACGGACGACCCGUUCAAUGUCGGCGGCGGCGAGUGGCCCAUCUCAAGUUGGGUGGAAUCAAGGCAUCACGUCCCAGAUCCGGACAUCACUUGGAGGGCCCAAGACCAAGGCUGCACCGGUGCCGGCCAAGGUCUCAAUUGUUGAGGAGGAAAGCGCACCUGCUGCCGCACCUGCGUCCGAUGCUCAAGAUGCGCCUGCACCGACCGAGGCUGCUGAGCCAGCCCAACCUGCCCAACCGGCACCAAAGGAGCCUAAAAUUUCUCGACAGCAGCGAAGAGCCGAAGCCGCCGCUCUCGAGAAAGAAAAGGCACAAAAUGAGAAGAAUGCUUUCGUCUAUGAGGGUAUGACUUUCUUCCAACCCAACAAGAAGACGCUUUUGCAACCAAAGGGAAACAACCUAGGCAGUGGAGUGUGGAGAUCCAAGUUUAAGAGCUGGGCCCAGUCAUUCAUCAGCCGCAAUAGCGAGCAGGAGCAGCUGCUCACGCCCGAGAUUCUCGUCGCCGCUCUGCAGGACUACAUUGCGCAUCGGGCGCAGUGGAAUAAGAAGAGGCAGUCUCCGGCCGCCACCACCGAGUCACGCAAGCCCGAAACGAGGACUGACAUGGCCUCCAUCCUGGCGUCGGCCGUGAAGAAGCCUACUCGCCAGCUAGGAUCGGAAGAGUCACCCCUGAUCAUCCACGACGACGAGGACGAGGUCGACGACGACAUUCAAGAAGUAUCACCCCCUUCCGGUGCCAGACGGGAGUCCAGCGAUCGGCAUUCGGCUACAACACCAUCUCAAAACGACGUGGUGGAAGUGGUGAGCGACGAGGACGAGGAGAUGGAGGAAGAGCAAGGUGAACCUGGACCGGCGAUCAUGACCGAGGAGGAGGACCUAGAGCAGCAGCGAAGAUACUUUCCUGGCCUGGCAGACACUGCCCAGAUCUGCGUGUACUGCGCAACUCUCGGACACACCUCGAUGGCUUGCCCCAACACUCGGUGCAAGUUCUGCGAACAUACCGACCACUUUUCGUGGAACUGCCCUACACGCGAGAGGUGCACUAAGUGUCGCCAGCUCGGCCACAGCAAGACCCAGUGCAAGGAGAAGCUCAUUCACCUGGACGAGGAGGGUAUGGAGUGUGCCCUGUGUGGCUCCCAGGCUCACCAGGAGAACGAGUGCGAGAAAGUCUGGCGGUCAUACAAGCCUCCGAGGAUGAUCAAGAAGGUCAAGCCGUUCCCCGCCUUCUGCGGGUUUUGCGGAAACGAGAGCCACUACUCUUCCGAUUGUCAUCUGAAUCGUGACAGACCGAAAAGCGAAACGUGGACGCUCAAGAACAGACACCUCUACGUCGACAAGAACGCAACCGAUGGCCCGAUCAGCGACUUCGCUAGUCAGCCCCAGAACCCCAAGUUCGCCCCUCUCUCGAUCAAGGGCUCUGCAGCCAAGCGAAACCACAUCUUCUACCCCGACAGCGACGGGUCGGAGGAGGGAGAGUUCAUCGGUCAGAAGGUGAAGCCGCGUGCUCCACUCGGCAAUAUCCAGAUGUCGACCAACCUCCAGAUCAACGCCGGCAACUUUGGACCACCACCGCAGAUGCAGUCAAACGGGCGCGGUGGCCAGCAGCGAAAUGGGUGGUCAGCGCAGCAGCCUCCCCUCCCUCCAGGUCCUCCACCUCCAGGUCCGCCACCACAGGGCUCGUACUCGCGAAUGUCUAGAAGCUACAACAACCAGUCGCGCCAGCCGGCGAGCGGUUUGCCCCCCAAGCCCCCAGCACCGCAGUCGCAGCAACACGGGCGAGCAGGACCGAAUCCGCCGAAGAAGCAGAGGACGAGGAACCAUUCCGGAAACUCCAAUGCGGGAGCCGCGCAGCAGCAGCAGAACGGUGGGGGCUCUGCGGCAUCGCGCCGCAGGGGCAAGAACAAACGCGGUGGGAAGCAAGGAUGAGCGUUUGGAAUGAUUGGCUAGCGCGCGACGCCGUUGAGAAAAGGGGCGUACAGUACGUUGGAUGGGAUGGAUGGGUGUGUCGCGCGACCGCGGGCGAAGAAAAGUGGUGGUGGUGCGAAGUCACGGGAAGAGGCGAGGAACAUCAUGUACGACAAAAGUGUACGAGUUGCGACAAGAAACCUCGAAGCGAAAUCGAAGGGGAGGGGACUCAGACAGCAGCGUGACGAUGCGCGACCAAAUGCGCGACGACAGCCUUGCCUUUAUGGUUGGGUGAACGACUAUGGACGAAACUGCGCGGCGAGGGCGGAAGGGGGUGGUGGUUAGCUUUACAUUUUGCAAGCGGGAAGAUGGGGUUUGCGUCGGGCCAAUCGUUGCGCAUGCGCAAGUUGACGUGGACUGACUUCCUGCACACAACGGUAUUUCCCAUCUCGGAAGUGGAUCAGGGUCAUUAGGUUGACUAGAAGCCGGGUGCGGGAGGCAGUAGAUGGUAUGGAGAGGACUCGGGAUCAGUAGUUUUCUUAAUACCCCCACGGCUAUCUGUUCGCACAGAACAAAUCGGCGGGCUGGAAUUACUACUAUCUUGCGUUUUAUGGAUGAUUUUACUUUGACCUUGUGUGCUUGAUUCUGGAUUUCAAAGUUUUUCUCUUUCGCUUAGAGGACAUGAUGGGACUAACAAGGAAUAUCUCGAGAUUGACUCAUUGCGAAAUGCCACGACAUUGGGAAAUAAUCCCUGGCUGGCACUUUCGUGGCUGGGGGAGGAAGAUUGAAUCAUUGACGGUGAAGAAGAGGCCGUGUCGUCUGGGAGAUGCCAAAUAUGCUCUUUACCGCAAGUUGUCUUGACAUGGGAUGGAUAUAGUCAAGGGUUGGGAGAAAGCGAAAAGGUAGUUUCCGCGCGGCUUGGGGUGUGUAUAAGAAGAAAUAGGAAAAAAAAGAGGAUAUCGUGGGCUUCUUGUUCACCGGGGGGCGUGUCAAUUUUGUUCGUUUGAUAUAUGUCGGUAAAUUUAGUAGUAGAACACGG